AGAGCCCAUCUUUUGAAUUCCCAUCGAUAAUACGUUUACUGCAAAGUGAAUAUCCGCUCAUUCAAAUGGUGGCAAUCGACGUUUUGGAUAUGUUAACCAAACAACGAGAAAAUAAGGAAAUCCUGGAAGCAUUUCGUCUGGCAAAAGGCCUUGAGGAACUUAUGGACAUUUUAGAGAUGUAUGAUUGGAAGGAUUUACACCCUGGAAUUUUGACUAUUCUAAAAAAUGUUGCUGACAAUCCAUCAAUGAUACAGCAUAUGAGCACAUCUAACUUUAUAAGACGCUUGUUACAAUAUUUGGGUGACAUAAAUGAUGCUUCUCUAAUGGAGACGACUUUAGAUGUUCUAGGUAAAAUGGCUACAACUGAAAGUGGAAGAAAAAUGUUGAUGGAUAACAGCAUAACAGAAACUUUACUCAAAUAUAUGCGUGAUGAAAAUGCGGCUAUCACGAGAGCAGCUUGCAUAGCCGUAGCAAAUAUGAUGUUGAAUCAACACGCACUUGAAAUAUUUAGUAAGGAUAAUCCACUUCGUGAAAUUAUGGGGAUAAUAAAGAAUGAAGCAUUUGCGUGGGAAACAAGGCAUGGUGCAAUGUUAGCCUUAUGCAGUAUGAUACAAAGAGACAAAUCUAUUUGCGAAUUAUUUUUAAACUUACACCAACAG